GAAGGUUUGUUUAGUGUAUUAUUAUUAUUAUUAUUAUUCACGAGAAAUAGCUAUGAAUCUGGAUCCACAAAUCGUACCUGUAAUCAACUCGAUGCAGGAAAAUUUGGAAAAAAUCCAAAAAAAUUUACUUCCCAAGCUCGACGAAUUAGACGAAGAUAUCGUUGUUUCUUAUUAUUCCCUCGAAGAGCAGGCUCGUUUGUUUUUAUCAGCAGCCUUUGCCGCUUCUCUAGCGAUGUAUUCACUGGAUAAACUUCAAAAUAGAGCCCAUCAUCAAGGAAAUUCGAAUGCGAAGCGAGUGAGCGAAGGGUCGGAGAUUGACUCUGGCGUUGAUUUGCAGCUUUCGCUAAAAAUUGAGCGCAUUACAGAUUAUAUUAAAAAACUUCGCGAAAUAACGAAUUUAGCGAAUAGUCAUCGUCGACUGGAAGAGCAGAAUAGCGUACAAGAAAAGGAAAAAGGAGGAGGCGCCAAAAAGGGGGAAUCCAUAUCAGCCAUGGCAAAGAAACGCCCUCGAAACGAUCCGACCAAUACCUUAGAGGUUGGCGAUGUCAAUAAAGGCCGGAAUGCCAAAUUACCCAAACAUGGCGUAAAUGGAAAAGAAAAACUAACGGAUGCGAGCGAACUAUUAGAAAAGGGCGAUCUCGGCGACGAUGCAAUGUUUCGCGUGGUAUCGCGCAUUCCCGGUGAGACAGGGUUGCUCGUGAGUCGGCUUCUAAAAAAUAUCUCCGCUGCGAAUUCAUUUUAAAUAGCAAAUCCCAAUAUGUGCCUAUGCCCCUAUAUUUAUAUAGAUUGAUACGUAUAUGGGUACUAAACUGAGUCCUCUAAUGAAGAUACUUGCGUUGAUGAGCGGGGUUUUUCAUUCCGUUAAAUAAAAACUAAUGUGUUCAGUGUUGAUAUGCCAUAUUAUUAAGGGUUUAAUGCAAUCCUAAUAGAGUUAA